UCAAAUUGCACAAAUUAUUACCAGUUAAAAGUUCGAGGAAGAAUAAUGUCGUUGAAAGUGAUCCGAUUGUUGCUAGUGAUUUUCGCCGCAAUGGUUUUAAUGCCAACGGAAUCCAUGGUCCAAGCAAGGAGUCUUGAGGAUAUCUUUGUCCCAAUCAGUGAUGUUGAAUCGGAAUCGGAAUCAGGUCUACAAUGUUUUUUGCACUACUUACCCCUCCUCAAUACAUUUGUAGAAGACUAUAAUGGUGCUAUUGAUAUUUGCAUAAAACUAACUGCUACCGUUAAAGAAGAACAGACUUGUAUGGUGGCAAUUGAGCAGAGAUUCAUGGAAUAUGUUUCCGAAGAGUUCAGUAACCUAGACAGUUGUCUGAAAGAAAUUCUAAGUGAAAAUGAAAGUGAAAUAAUAUUGUAUAUCUAAAGUGC